AUGCUGCGCCGCUCACCUGCCUUCUCUCGCCCCUUUCCCCCAUCCCCCGCAGCCUCCCCCCCCGACGUCUCGUCGCUCUACAUCGUCCGCCUACGUUCCGCGCCGCCGGUCGCCUCGUACCGCGGCGGAUUUCCGGGGUUCCCGGCAACGGCCGUCUGGGACAGCGACCCGAACGGCAACGCGAGAGACUCGACGUCAGACGGCGCCGCCCACGGUUCCGUUGCCGUUGGUACCGCCUCUGUUUCCUCCUCCGCCUCCGCCGCUGGUGCGGCUACUACCAGUGGUUUAGGACGGCUUGGUCGUCGGCUGCGGCGGCCGCGGGUGAACGUGAGGGCGCCGGGCGUGAGGGCGUUCAAGCAACUGCUGCAGCGCAUGCAGCAGGCCGUGCUGCGGGACAGCAGGGUGGGCGCCGGGAAGAUGGUCUACAGCUACACGCACGCGUCGAACAGCUUCUCCGCGACGCUCACGCCCCUCGUUUCCCUUAACGUGCUUUUCUUCCUCUUCCCCACGCAGGUGCAGCGCAUGAGGCGGCACCCGUCCGUGGCGUCCGUGGGGUUCGUGACGCAGGCGCGCGUGCAGCGCCCCGCCACCACCCACUCGUACAAGUUCCUCACCUCCCCAUCUCCCUCCCAUCCCAUCUUCCCCACUCCCCCUCUCCGCACUUUCCCCUCUCCCCCUUUUCCCCUCUCCGCCCGUCUCAGCUACAUGCACGCGUCGAACGGCUUCUCAGCGACUCUCACGCCGGCGCAGGUGCAGCGGAUAAAGAGGCAUCCAUCUGUCGCCUCCGUGACGCAGGCGCGCGUGCUGCGCCCUGCCACCACCCACUCGUACAAGUUCCUCGGCCUGCCCGGGUCGCUCUGGGCCGACGCGGGCGGGCCCAGCAGCGCAGGCGACGGCACGGUGAUUGGCAUCGUGGACACCGGCAUAUGGCCCGAACACGCCUCCUUUGCCGACACGGGCUACAGCAGCACACUCCCUUCCGGGUGGGCGGGCACGUGUCCCACUACAAGCGACUUCGCAUGCAACAACAAGAUCAUCGGGGGGGGCGUGUUCCACGCGGGGUUUGAGAGUGGCGGCACCACAAUUGACCUCUCGGCUGACUGGGACUCGCCGCGUGAUUCUUUCGGGCACGGCACCUGGUGUGCGGGGGCGGCAGCAGGCAACAGCAACGUGCAGAUCUCCAACAUCGGAACAGCCAGUGGCAUGGCACCAGGGGCGCGCCUGGCCAUGUACAAGGUCUUCUGGCAGUCGGGGGGUUACCUGUACGCCACCAGCCCUGACAUCUUCUCAGCCAUUGAUCAGGCCGUCGCCGACGGUGUGGAUGUGCUGAGCUUGUCGCUGGGCGGAGCCAGUCCCACCGACACCUACUUUGACGACGUGCCCUUCAUCAGCGUCAAUGCGGCGGGGGUGUUCGUGGCCUUUGCAGCGGGCAACGAGGGCCGCCCAUUCUCCCCUACAACCAAUCGCACGCUUUGCAACUUCGCACCCUACUACAUGACUGUGGGCGCCAGUGGAGCGCGCAUCCCAGCCAGAAUCUCCCCAGCAGCCACCGCCGCCCCUGUAAUCGCCUACUUCUCCUCCACCGGUCCGCUCGCCAAGCCAUCACGCGCCACACCAGCAGCCUACCCCUCCAACUCCAUCCUCAAGCCAGACAUCAUCGCCCCGGGGGUUGAGCUCUUCGCUGCUGCUCCCGACAAGACUGUUGGCUCUGGGGGAUGGUUUGUAGCGCUUUCAGGGACCUCCAUGGCCACACCACACAUCGCUGGCAUUGCUGCUCUCAUCAUCCAGCAGCGUCCUGAUUGGACGCCCUCGCAGAUCAUGUCUGCAAUGAUGACGACAGCACGCACUACUGAUACUAAUAACGGGGCGAUCCAAAACGAGUUUGGGAGAGCUGCGACUCCGUGGGAGAUUGGAGCGGGGCAUGUGGUGCCUGCUAGGGUGGUUGACCCUGGGUUAACCUAUGAUGCCGGGGAGAAGGACUUCAGAAACUUUCUCGCCGGGCAGGACUACAACUGGGCGUAG